AUGGCAGAAAGAAUUAUUCCAGAACGAUUUCUUGAUGCGAAUGAAGAACCAAAUCAAGCUUUAACUCCUCUAGAAGGCUAUGAGAAAUGUCCACUUGUUUCAUUAAAAGAAGCUGUUCAAUCAAUCAAACCAUCAAUUCACAAUUGGGAAUCAAUGGUUGAAGUAGCAAAAAGGAAUUGUCGAAAUCCUGCGAAUGGAUUAACACAAGAUGAGUCAGGUGCAAUCUAUUUAUAUACAAUGCAAUGUACAUUAAAGUCGUGGUUUGCAUUUUUAAAGUUAUUUUUUACCGCAUUGUAUAAGCUACCAUCAAUUAAAGGUGUGAUUUAUCGUGGCGUUAAAGGAAAUUUAACUGAUAAAUAUGUUGAAGAAGAUCACUUUUGGUGGGGUAUGAGUUCGUGUACCGAAACAAUGAAUGUCAUGGAAAAUUUUAUUGGAACUGAAGAUAUUCGAACGAUUUUUAUUAUUGAAUGUGAAAAUGGAAAAUCUAUUCGAUUGCAUUCAUAUUUUGAAGAAGAGAAUGAAAUACUUCUACUUUCUGAAACUUAUUUUCAAGUUAAGGGGAAAUGGAAAGCAGCAGACAAUUUAUACAUGAUUCAGUUAAGAGAAAAAUCACCACCUUAUGCUACGAUUACUCCGCCUUUUGAUAAUUCUUUAACAAUGGCCAAAGAAUUCAUAGAUUCAAGUCUUGAUUCGUGCUCUUCAUCAGAAUGUACAGGUAUGAGUUCAGUAUCAUAUUCAACCACCCUAAUUGAGAAUGAUAUCCAUGACUGGUCGAGCAACAAGAAGAUCUUGGUUGGCUAUUCGUCUUGCGGCGCAAAAGACGUAACCGAUUAUUUCCCGAAGAAGGAAUCACCGAUAGUAAUGUGGCCCGGUGUUAAAACAAAAAAAUCAAUUGCUCAGUCUGAUUCAUCUGGUAAUGUGUUCAUACACCUGACACGCCGGUCCCCCAAAAAACCGGAAGAAUAA